UAUCUGCAAGUCCUGAUAACCUAAGGAUUCCUUCUACCACCUCCCACUUUUGACACCUGCCUGCUGGAGUUACUUUGCAUGGAAAUGAGAGUUGAACCUCCUCUCUCCCUCUUGCACUUACACGCUUAACGUGCAACGUGCGUAUUAUUUAUGCGUAGACAUUGUGGCGCCCAAGGAAAGGCAGAGAAAGAGGCAAAAAGAGAGAGAGCUCUGAUGCUAAUGAAUGAGAGCUCCUUGGUGGGGGAGAGCGCUUUGGAUAAAAACGCAAGAGUGGCGCUCGGAUCCUUUAGAAGUGUGUGAAGCGUCGUGGAGAGCAGACGUGCGCUGCUGCCUCUGCGAAAUCCUCGCUCUCGGGCAGCUGUAUACAACCAACACAUGGCCAACACACGGACACUCACACAAACACGCAAUCCGACACGCACACCUGUACACCCAGCGCGCGCGCAAAUCGCCGAAAUUAAAGCAAAGCGAAACGGAAAAUGCUUAAAUGUCCACGUGAAACGUGAAACGGUGCACAAAAUAAUCGAAUAACGAAAACAAAUCGAAUCUGUGAAAUUAAAGUGGAGUUCUUGCUUAUUUUGGAAAAAAUCAAUGCCGUUAAUCGACGCACACGGAUACACACAUAAACGCACACGUGUGCUUCAAAAGCCAAAACACACCGAUACACCAAAACACACACACACACACGUGCAUACAGAAGGCCCAACAAAGUGAAAGUAACGAAAUUAGCAGCACAAUUGUGAGUGAAAGUAGAGGUCCCAAAAAAAAGAAGCAAAGCAGAGAAGGAAAGGAAAGGAGCAGAUUAGAAGAAGUUGCCUUAAGAAAUGCAUUUUGCAGCGUUAGUCGUUUAGCUCUGAAAUCUUCUUCAUUUCCAUUCCUUGUCGUGCCCUUCUUCUUAAUUAAACGAAUGUGUAUGUGCUUUUAACUCGGUCAUAGUUGCAACAACAACAGCAAAAACAAGAAGAAGUUUAGGGUAUAAGGUAUAAGUAGAUAAAAAACAAGCGGCAACAGCAGCCGCCAACGCAAAAACAACCUGAGCAAGAUAAACACGCAAAACAAAGCGAACUGGGUCAGUGAGCGAAAAGGAGGCGAAGACGAGAGGAGGAAGAGGAGGAGGACGAGGAGGAGGCGAGAAGAAGGAGUGGCAAGGAGGAGCACGAAAAGCUCCCACAAUGUUGCAUGUGCUGCAGCCAAAGUGUAGCAUACUUAAUGGGGCAAAGGGUGCGUUGCCCAAGCGGAAAUUAACUUUCGUGGUUUAAAGCCAUUUGCCACACAAUAGACGAUGGCUACGGGCAACAUCAGCAGCAGCAGCAGCAACAGCAGCAGCCAAAUCGGACGAGGCCAUUAUGGCUUUAAUCCCAGGAAAGGAGCAACAACAGCCACAGCAGCAACAGCAGCAGCAGCAAAUAUAAUUACAGAACAACAAUAAGGUUAGAGCCUGGUGCCACCAAUGCUGAUGAUGAUGAUGAUGAUGUUAGGAAACUUCCGUUUUGUUUGGCCGGUCGGAAAUGAGGCUCAAUAUGUCGCCCAGUCACAGGUUGGCUUUCCAGCGCUGUGAGCAGUGACCCCGAACGCAUAGAGCUGAAGGAAUCCCAGCCCCUCGAUUGCCUGGAAUUUAAUUAAGGCGCAAAAAACACGAAACAAAACUCCUGCGAUAAGGGGCGAAACAAAAGAGCAGUUUCCCUCCCCCCCAGGGAGGUGGAGGCGGCGUGGGUGGGUUGGCCCAUAAAUCUAACCGCCAACCAGCAAUCCGGCAGCAACCCAUGUUGCACGUUGCUGCAAUCGAGCUGGCCCACGUCCACUGGCCAAUUAGCUGCUGCAACAGCCGAGAGCGGCUAUCGUUUGGGCUCCAUUGAACGCGUUCUCCAGCCGAGCGCAGCUGCCUCUCUGAUGACUGCCGCCAAAAGACGUGCGAGCAGCGGCAACAGCAGUGGCAGCAACGGUAGCAGCAGCAACACUAGCAGCAGCAGUAAUGGCAACGAGCAGCACUCCCAGCAGCAACAUCUGCAGCUGCAGCAGCAGCAGCAACAGCAGCAGGCGCAGCCAAACGAGUACCAACAGUUGCUGCAGCAUCCCCACCAUCACUACCAGCAACACUACAGCGGCAACAGCAACAGCAACAGCAGCAACAGCGGCAACAGUAGCAGUGGCAGCAACACGCAGCAAUACCACCAGAGACAGCAGCAACAUCAGGCGACACUGCGCGAUUGCUCCGUCAAAUUGCCGCUGGAUAUCCUAUGGCUACCGAAAUCGGCAAUGCGGCCGGCGGGUCCUGAUACCUCGCCCACGGACUGCAUCCUGGUGGUGGGCGUGUCCCGUCCCAAAUUGGCCGUCGUCUUCCUUACGGUCAUGUUGAUCUCGCUGUUCCUCACCUUCCACGUGCUGUACGACAGUGCCGUAUACAACAUCCAAGCGGCCCAGGCUGUCCACGAACGGCAUCGACUAUCCAUGGCCGCCUCCGCAUCGGCAAUGGCAUCCUCAUCCUCCUCCUCCUCCUCGUCGUCGUCCAGUUCCUCCUCCGCCGGCGGUGGCGCCUCCAAUCAUCUGCCCGUGUUCGUGAAGCCCGUGCCCAGCUCCAAUCAGCUCAGCCAUCCGAUGGUCUUUCCCUCCAGCCGUGUGCACUUUCCCAAAACCAGUCGACGUCUGCCGCAGGCACUCAUCAUCGGUGUGCGAAAGUGUGGCACACGGGCGCUGCUGGAGAUGCUCUACCUGCAUCCGCGUAUCCAGAAGGCCGGCGGCGAGGUGCACUUCUUCGACCGGGACGAGAACUACCUGAAGGGUCUGGAGUGGUAUCGCAAGAAGAUGCCGCACUCAUUCCGCGGCCAGAUCACCAUCGAGAAGAGUCCCAGCUACUUUGUGUCGCCAGAGGUGCCGGAACGCGUCCGGGCCAUGAAUGCGAGCAUCAAGCUGCUGCUGAUUGUCCGGGAGCCGGUGACCCGGGCCAUUUCGGACUACACGCAGCUGCGUAGCCAUGCGGCCACUGCCAUUCUGCCGUUGGCCGACAAGGAUCCACCUACGCCAAGGGAGAGUUCGGGUGGUGGAGCAGGUGGUGGGGCAGGAGGAAGUGGGACCGCAGCUGCCAAGAUGCCAACACAAUCACUGCUGUAUGCCAAACUGCAGUCGGCCCGUGGCUAUGACAAUGCCCUGGUGGGUGGCAGUGGGGCGGGCGCCAAGGAGACCAAAGCCAGAACGGCAUCUUCUUCGGUGGUCAGGAGACAGGCAGUGGCGGGUAGUGUUGGAGCUGCGAUGACCACGACUACAAUGUCGCCAAUGGCGAGCGCCGCCCAAAUGGCAGCCAAGUCCUUUGAGGAGCUGGCCAUAUUUCCCAAUGGCACCGUUAACGAGGCUUAUCGACCGCUCAGCAUCUCCAUGUACCAUGUCCACCUCCAUCGCUGGCUGGAGGUCUUUCCGCGGGAGCAGCUACUAGUGGUCAAUGGGGAUCGCCUCAUCGAGGAUCCGGUUUCUCAGCUGAAACGCAUCGAGGCCUUCCUGGGCAUUGAGCAUCGGGUGAACAGCGAGCACUUCUACUUCAACGAGACCAAGGGCUUCUACUGUCUGCGCUACGACAACGGGGAUCGCUGUCUGCGGGAGACGAAGGGCAGGAAGCAUCCGCAUGUGGAUCCCGUGGUGGUCUCCAGACUACGAAAGUUCUUCGCCGAGUACAAUCAGCGGUUCUACGAGCUGGUGGGCGAGGAUCUCGGCUGGCCGGAGGAGUAAGCUGUGUGUGUGUGGGAAAUGGAUGGCUCUUCGCUGGCCUGCUGCCAAUAAAUCUGCAGUUGGUCAAACGUUUGGGUCACAGUGCAGUCAAUUUAAUUACAAGCAAGAGCGGUCGAUGGCAAAAAAAAGAAAAAAAAACGGGCAAAGUUAUCCAGGACUUUCAUUUGCCCUUUUCCGUUGCAUACUUUUGCGGGAGGCGGAGCGCAGUAUUUCUGCCUGGCCGAGUCGAGCUACUCUGACAGUUCAAUUAUGUGCGCGUAUUGAAAAAUUGCAUUCCUAUUUUCCCGCGCCAGCCCAGCCACCCACUUGCCAUCCCCAACCCCGUUCCCGUCCCGAUCCCCAUCACAAUCACCAACACCAUCACCACAUGCAAAUUUGCCUUUGCAGCGGCAAAGAACCAGCGAAGGAACAAGGAUCCGCAUAAAAAAUAUAUACUAAAAUAAACUGCACGCAUUUUGCUGUGCAGCAGGCCAUGAAAAUGUGUGUGCAUGAAUGGGGCAUGCAUGUCGGUCGUAUAUAUAUAUACAAUAUACAUAUAGUACGAGUAUAUAUGUAGCGAAAUGAAAAGCAAUAUCUACAUGAUGUUCGAACUUCGAAGGUUACACGUUUUCUACAUAUUCAUUCUCUCUCUUCGUGCGUGAGUGUGUGAGUGUGUGUGUGUGAGUGAAUAGGAGUGAACAGUUCGAGGGGAUAAAAAUUAAUUAAGCAACUAAAUGUGAUUUUAUAGCAUGUAAGCAUAGGACAAAUUGAAAAUGAUUGCGAUGGGUGCUUGUGGAUAUAUAUGCAGUUCAAGGAUGCAGUAGAGGGGGGGAGAGAGGGACAUGGAUAUGGAUAUGGAAAUUAGGAGUGAAGUGGCAAUUCAAAAUGUAUUUAGACUAACAGUCGGCUGAAUUAAAUGUGUGCGUACAGAAACAUGAGCAAAACUAAACAUAUCACAUUUAUCAUAGCAUAGCAUAGUAAAUAGUAUAUGGUAUAAUAUAGUGUAGUUUAUACACAACAUGCAUAUCAGGGGUACUCGAGGUCCUCAAGCAACUUGAAUACUGAACAUGAUUGAACUAAUGCAAUUGGUGCGUAUGUUACAUAUCAAAAGCUAAACCAACCAUGAAAUCGAAACAUAUCAGCUGCAAACGUCGGCAAAUAUACAAAAGAAAUAAAUAUACAAGCCUAUAUAUAUAUGUAUACAUAUAUAUUAUAUCGUAGGCAGUAAGUCGAGCAUCAAA